ACCGGGAAGAGAAGCAAGAAGACAACCUUUGCUAAAACCGAACAUCAUCAUGAACACGUAUACUGCCCUCUUGCUGUUGGCAGCUAUUUGCUUUACCUUUGCAGCGGAAUGCCCUGCCGGCAGCGGUGAAGACACAUAUGCCUUUAAGGAGUUCAAGGGAGUCAAGGGAACGGUCGAACUCAACCUGAAACGGGGCAAAGACAAGACUCCCCCGGUCAUCGCGGUCGAGGUCAAAGGUGGCGAGGUCAAGGUCGAAGCCGAUGAGGGAGGUAAGAAAGUCGACGUCGGGAAGACCAAGGGCAAGGAUGGACACGUACACUUCUCAAAACCGACAGAAACAGACAAAUUAUACUUCACACCAGAGGGAACGGAAAACUUUGAAGUAUCUGUAUCCGUCUGCUACGAAUUCUAGAUGUCGCUGCGAUCGCUGGAAGGAGCUUCCGUAUCUCAGCCGCCGAUACCGAAAAUUAAAUUUUUCUCAGACGCCAUUGAUAGUUUAUGUAGUCUGAUGCCUCAUUUCAAAAUGGUGUGGUCCACUUUCGGUCGCAUCAAUAAUAUAUAGCACAUCCGUGGUCUCAGUGACGGUGAUUAUGUGAAUCGGCGGCUGAGUGACAGAGGUGGGAUAGAACGGGUGCGGUAUUCACAUCAUUGUCACAGUUCAAGUUGCUGACGAGUCAAAUAUAACCGCACCUCAGCCGAGUGCUCGGGAAUGACUGUGACAGCAUUUGGAUCCUCUAAUGCAUAUAGCCAUUGCAUUUUAUACAGUGAUUUCAGAAUGCAUCUCUGGAAGUGAACCACACAGUCUGCAGAAAAUGGCCUAGCUCGCUUUCAGUUUAGCCUAAAACCAUUAGGCCAUGCACACGGGGCGCCGAUUGGCCAAAGUAAUGUAAUGAUGAGUCGGCACGUGGGGAACUACUUUCGGUGCACUGAGGGGUCGUAGAAGAUCCAAAUGAUCACGAACAUUCCGGAGUGCUCGGUUUGGACCUUACUCGGGAAAGUACAUCUUUGUCAUUGGACAUAACCAUCUGUCUGUUCGGUUCACACCAUUGGCGAAAUAAAAUGUAGUGAUAUUCUUACU